AUGGCCUCCUGCCCAGACUCGGAUAAUAGUUGGGUACUUGCUGGCUCAGAGAAUCUGCCUGUGGAGACGCUGGGCCCCGAAUCCAGGAUGGACCCAGAAUCUGAUGUGGGCCCAAAGGCCCCUCCGAGCCUCUCUAAGACAACUGGUGAAAAGUUAGCUGGGACCGUGGAUAGCGGAGAGGCCCUCCCCAAGAGUAAACUCUCUGAGUCUGAACCCACUUCUCCAGAGGAGACUGAGGCUAAGGGUGUCCUAGAAGGUGACGUUUGCAAUGUGGAGUCCCCUGACCUGAGAGACACAAUGACCCGGGAUGAUAUGCAGGAGACCCUCGGGGUGGCAGACGUGGGAUUGGACACACAGGGCCUGGAGGACCAGAGUGUUUCACAGAACCAUCCUUCAUCCCCCAAAGCAGCUUGGGUCACAGAGGAGCUCCGCUGUUCCAGCAGCGAUGAUGACACCGACAUAGAUGUGGAGGGCCUGCGGAGACGCCGGGGCCGGGACCCCAGCCCUCCCCGGCCCUCGGCACCCAUGGGUGUGGAGGACCAGGCGGGGAAUGAGGGCGUGUCUCGGGAGCUGGGCAUCUCUCUCAACAUGUGCCUCCUCGGAGCUUUGGUUCUGCUGGGCUUGGGGAUCCUCCUCUUCUCUGGUGGCCUCUCGGAGUCUGAGCCGGGGCCCAUGGAGGAAGUGGACCUGCAGGUCUUGCCGGAUGCUGGGUCGGAUACUGAGUUGCAGGAUGCUGCAGGGGAUGGGCAGGAGGGGCUAAAGGAACAGCUGCAGGUGCCCCCUGGCAGUGUCCCCAGCCUGCAGAACAUGGCCCUUCUAUUAGACAAGCUGGCCAAGGAGAAUCAGGACAUCCGGCUGCUGCAGGCCCAGCUGCAGGCCCAGAAGGAAGAGCUCCAGAGCCUGAUGCACCAGCCCAAAGUGCUGGAGGAGGAGAAUGCCCGCCUCCGGGGAGCCCUACAUCAGGGUGAGGCCUCCCAGCGGGCCCUGGAGUCUGAGCUGCAGCAGCUUCGGGCCCGGCUCCAGGGCCUGGAGGCUGACUGUGUCCGGGGUCCAGAUGGCGUGUGCCUCAGUUGGAGCAGAGGCCCGCAAGGUGGCAGGGCCUCUGAGGGACAAGGCCCCAGGGGACAGGAGCCAGGCCCUGGCUUCUUGGAGCAGAAGGAGCAGCUAGAGGCUGAGGCCCAGGCACUAAGGCAAGAGCUGGAGAGACAGCGACGGCUUCUGGGGUCUGUGCAGCAGGACCUGGAGCGGAGCUUGCGGGAGGCUGGCCGCGGGGAUCCAGCUCAUUAUGGCCUGGCCAAGCUGGGCCAUAGACUGGCUCAGAAGCUACAGGACUUUCAGAGCUGGGGCCAGGAUCCUGGGGUCCGUGCCAAUGCCUCAGGGCUCCAGGGUCAGGAUCUCCACUUCCACAGUUCCAGAGAGCGAAAUGGGAAAGAAAAGUGGCGCGAUGGACAGGGGGACAGGAAAGCUGAGCAUUGGAAGCAUAAGAAGGAGGAGUCCGGCUGGGAGGGUGAGAGGGACAAGGAGCAUGCAGGGAAGUGGAAGGAGGGUAAAACAAGGAUGGAAGAGUGGGCCAAGAGGGAUGGCAAGCAACAAGGUUCCAAGGAGCCCCCCAGGAAAAGUGGGGGCUCUUACUACCCUGGAGAAAAGCAUAGGCAUUCUUUGUGGAGGGAAGGGGCCAAGGACAAGCAUGAGGUCCUGACACCCUGGGCCGAGCUAUCAAGGCACAAGUACCGGGCUCCCCAGGGAUGCUCAGGUGUGGAUGAGUGUGCAAGGCAGGAAGGCCUGGCUCUCUUUGGCAUAGAGCUAGCCCCAGUUCGGCAGCAGGAACUAGCCUCUCUGCUGACCACAUACCUGGCGCGGCUGCCCUGGGCUGGACAGCUGACCAAGGAGCUGCCUCUCUCACCUGCUUACUUUGGUGAGGAUGGAGUCUUCCGUCAUGACCGGCUCCGGUUCCGGGAUUUUGUGGAUGCACUGGAGGAUAGCCUGGAGGAGGUGGCAGUGAGGCAGACAGGUGAUGAUGAUGAGGUGGAUGACUUUGAGGACUUCAUCUUCAGCCACUUCUUUGGAGACAAGGCACUGAAAAAGAGGUCAGGAAAGAAGGACAAACAUUUCCACAGUCCCAGAGUCUUUGGGCCCAGGGAAGAGCACAGCCACCACCACAGCCACCACCACGGCCACCACCGCAGGGGUUGA